AUUGCCAAUCGCGGAAGAGCAGGAGGAAGUCGACGACAUGGGCCGCGCUCGCAAGAUCAUCAAGAACGUCAUCACGCACACGCGGGGCAUGGUCCGCAACCGUGGCAUGGAGGCGCCCGAGUGGCUCGAGAUGGUCAACCGCUUCCCGCCGCCGGCCAUGCCCCGGACCGACUACGACAAGCUGCCCAAGCUCGAGUUCCCGCAGGAUCGCCUCGCCGAGCUCUACGCGCGCAAGUGCGGCUUCCCGACCGACGACGAGACCGCGUACGAGUUUGCCGACGAGCAGCUCACGCUUAUCGAGCUCGGCGUGCCGGAGAAGAAGGCGUUCGCAAUGCUCAUGGAGAAGUACGAGCACGUUGAGGGCGACCGGUUCCUGCAAAAGUACUACCAAGUGCGUGGCGAGGCCUUCAUCCCGAGCACCAAGCCGCACGAGAUGACCGAGCGGUGGGCCAACCAGGAGGCCGCUGCCAUCAAGGAAGGCAUGCGCCUCGAGUUCGAAGACGCCGCCGAGAUCGCGGCCUUGGAGAAGGAAUACCACCACGAAGAAUAGGUAGAGAUAUCGUGGAGGCGAGGUAAUAGAACAACAUAAGUCGUCGUCGUGCG